AUGUAUGGUGACGUGUUAUUGGAUGAUCAGGUGCCUGGUUAUUUGACUAAUUGGAGCUGCGAUUAUGAAUUGGCCCAGGUUGACACAUCACAGUAUCCGUUCCCAAACAAACUAUGGCACAUAAAGCCAGCAAAAGAAAUUGCUUUGAAGACGACAGCUAUGUUGGUUGUGGGCAUCACAGGGAUAUUCCUCAACUCCAUCAUCAUAAUCAUCCUCGUGAAGAACAAAUGGCUUUGGACUGCCAGCAACUAUCUUAUCGGGAAUUUAGCGUUCAUUGAUUUGAUUACGCUAAUCUUCUGCCCCUGGUUUAUGCUUGUGCGGGAUUUCUAUCAGAACUUCGUUUUGAAGAACUUCGGUUGCAGAUUUGAAGGGUUUCUGCAAGCAUCUCUUCUGUUGGCUGGUGUGGCAGCAGUAAUACUGGUGUCAUACGACCGACUAGCUGCAGCAACCUUAACAGCCGAAGCUAGAAUAACGAAAAAGGCAGCACCGAAGCUUAUUGUUGCAUCAUGGAUCAUAGCCAUGGGGCUUUCUUUACCGUGGAUUAUAAAGAGAGAAUAUAUUGAACGCCAGUGGUUGGACUUCUUGGAAACAUAUUGUUUUGAGGAACGCCACGUGCUCGGCAUUUACUGGCACUGCAUCAUCAUUCUACUUGUCUGGGUGCCUCUUGGGGUUAUGAUAAUUACUUACGGCGCAAUUAUAUGGAAAUUGGAAAGAAGCGCCCGAGAGCUAUCCUCUCGUGGUGGAGGACAAACUAUAGCACAAGCCAGAGGCAAAGCUAUACGGAUAACAGCAUGCAUACUGCUAGCUACGGCGGUGUGUAGAGUACCUUACACAGCCAUGGUGUAUUUGAGAAAUAGUCUGCCUAACGAAAUCAAUGCGGUUGAAGGUGGUUUUGACAUAGUCUGGUUCGCAGCCAGCUAUUUUAUGUACGUCAACUGUGCAAUCAACCCGCUCAUCUACGGUUUUACUAAUAUCAGAUUUCGUAGAGCGAUGGACCGUACACCCGGUGUUGCGUUCUUCAAAUUUGGCACUUGGUGCUGUGUUUGUACUACGGUUGUAAAAAAGAAACAAUCUCUCCAAAACAACAACGUUGAAAAAAUAUUUGUUGUUGUCGCCAGUCCACGACCGAAACGGAAAAUAUCGAGAGUUGUCAAAAAUAUCCUACAUAUCAACAAACAGAGCGUCGAGUUGACUAUGCCCAAAGUUGAUGAAGUAACUACAAAACCUACUAAAGUUACACCAUUAAAGAUUGAUCAAUUAGAAUCUAAAGUAAAUGAUGUUGUGUACGUACCACAGAUUGCAGAAGAUACCAGAAGUGAAAAAAUAGUAAUUAAUGAAGAAAACAGUAAAUUAUAA